UCUCGUUUUCGAAGACAUUUCUGUCGCUGGAGCUAUCGCGUACUCGUUUCAAUUGACGGGAGCGGACCUGAGUUCUCUCGUUUCUCUUUCUCUCCUCUCUCCCGUUGUGUUUUAACUUAGAAAGUAGGAAUCCACAAGGACAGAGAUUGAACACGAUGAAGAAACUGACGAGAAAAUGGCGGAAUUCUCAUGAUGACAAGUUCUCUCUUCCAACUCGAGAUGAUGACGAUUCUCGUCCCAUCGACAGUCAAGAGCAAGAGGAGUUUGUUCGAUCACUGGAAAGGACCCAAGCUCAGCAAAGUCGUCAAUGGAGGACCGUUUUCGCAGCACUUGUCUUUUGUUACGCAGCAUUUCUUGUUUACUCCAUCUUUCAGCAAUUUUCAUCUCCAUGGGAACUGGUACGAAUCUCGCAUUUUGAGCACGGCAUGAUAGAAAGUCAUGAUUUGUCCUGUUUAAUGCUUGUUUCAUUAGCAGAUUGGGUUGCUGUUCUGGCAUGCUCCUUGGCUAUCACUGGUCUACUUAAUAAUUCAAAUGAUCAUGCACGAUGGAUUUGGUACUCAUGCUCAGUUGGCCUUGCUCUGACAGUUUUUUGGUUGUAUUAUAUGCUGAGCAUGCCAAAAUUUCACUGGGAUGUCAUCUGGCUUCCGUUUGGACCUGUUAGCGGAGCUGGGAUGUGUCUCUAUGUAAACCAUUUACUUGUUGAAUCAUCUGAAGAAGUAAGAAAACUUCGAGGCUAUAUGUAUUCUUAUAAAGCCAGCUAGUUUUUGGAGUCUGCUGUCUGGAGAUACUAUUAGUAGAGGAAGCGUUUCACAGUUCAGAGUUUGCUUACCCGGGUUCUUUAGAAAUAGGAUUAGAGGCUAGCUACCAACGUGGGUUUGAAUAUAUAGAAUCUCCUUUUUAGUGUAGAAGCACGGAUUUAUAAAGAUUAUAAAUGGGCUUUUUUUGGUUCUGGUUGCUGUUUUAUCAGUCUGUUCAACAGCUUAAUGUGUAUAGUUUUGAUUGGCAACAUUCAUUGCAUUUCUUUGGAUAUUUGAAUCAGUAGUUACUGGCCUAA